AUGGCUGCAAUGAAAAGUUCAGUUGUGAACAUUUUAGUUGGGCUAUGGAUGAUCAGUUGUUUCGUGGCAGCUGAGAAAGGAGUUAAUGUGCCAGCCAUGUUUGUGCUUGGAGAUUCGUUUGGAGAUGCAGGGACCAAUAACUACAUUCCCCACUGCGAAAUGCGUGCAAACUUAACACCUUACGCUGUUACCUUCUUUCACUACCCAACUGGUCGCUUUACCAAUGGCCGCACCACUUUCGACUUUCUGGCUACCUACUUGGGGCUUCACUUUAGCCCUCCGUAUCUGGAGACAAACGCAAAUUUUAGCAGAGGGAUAAAUUUUGCAUCAGGAGGUUGUGGAUUGCUUGACUCAACAGCAGCUGAUCAGAUAUCUUCUCUUCUCCUUUCUUACCUUUCCUCAAAACAUCUCGGUAGAAAUUCAAUAUUGGAAAUGAAAUAA